UGGAAACACGCACACACACUCGUUUCUUCAAGGCAAUUAUGUGGCAAUUUAUUCUCCUACUGGUUUCAAACCACUGUAACAAACCGCGUCACAGUUCGAUGAAAAGUAAAAGUGGACCAUGCGUGUGUGUGUGUGUGUUACCAGCAUGCUAGCUCUAAGCUAGCUGUUAGCAUCUGGUGGUGAACACGUAUACGCCAAAACUUUUACCCAGUACUCGCAAUGCAAGCAAGGAAGAAGAGGACAAGGCCAAGGAAACCUGGGAAAAAACCAGAGCCUCAUGGUCGUGGCGGCGGCUCUCAGCCGGGCCAGGCAGACUCUCCACUCCCAGAGCAGGACGAGGAGAUCCUGGGCUCUGAUGACGAUGAGCAGGAGGACCCCAACGACUACUGCAGGGGUGGAUAUCACCAUGUAAAGAUUGGAGAUCUGUUCCACGGGAGAUACCAUGUGAUCCGAAAGCUGGGCUGGGGGCACUUCUCCACUGUGUGGCUGGCCUGGGACAUCCAGGAGAAGCGCUUUGUGGCCAUGAAGGUUGUAAAAAGUGCUGAACAUUACACAGAGACGGCUCUGGAUGAGAUCAAGCUGCUCAAAUCUGUGAGAAACACAGAUCCCAGUGACCCCAGCAGAGAGAAAGUGGUGCAGCUUCUAGACGACUUCAAAAUUUCCGGAAUGAAUGGCACUCAUGUGUGCAUGGUAUUUGAGGUGCUGGGUUACCACCUUCUGAAGUGGAUCAUCAAGUCAAAUUAUCAAGGCCUGCCCCUACCCUGUGUAAAAAGCAUCAUACAGCAGGUUCUGCAGGGUUUAGACUACCUCCACACCAAGUGUAAGAUCAUCCACACAGACAUCAAACCAGAGAACAUUCUGCUGACUGUAAACGAGUCCUACAUCAAGAAAAUGGCUGCUGAAGCUACGCAGUGGCAGAAGACUGGCGCUGCACCUCCCUCGGGUUCUGCAGUGAGUACAGCCCCAGCACCCAAACCAAUGGCCAAAAUGUCAAAGAACAAAAAGAAGAAGAUGAAGAAGAAGCAAAAGAAGCAGGCAGAGAUGCUGGAGAAGAGGAUCCAGGAGAUGGAGGGAGGACCCAAUGAAGGAGAAGAGGAGGAUGAUGAGGAGACAACAGAGACCACCGAAGAUACGACUUCAACAGCCACCCUCUCCAUGUCUGCUACGCUGCAGGACAUUGCUAUCCAUACUAGCACAGACUCGACUCCUGAUGAGCAGCCCCAGCAGAUACCAGAGGUAAAUGAGCGGAGAGAGAAUGCGGCCGAGAACGGUAUGGAGGUGAACUGCAACGGCCACGCUUCCACACCGGAGAGCGAGACCAGUCUAGAGGUACAAGGGACCAAGCUGUCGACAGAGGAGGAGGAGGACCAACAGAACGCAAACAAACCAGAAAGUACCACAGAGACCCCGGACACGUUAAGUAAGAAAGAAGAGCAUCAGAUCUGUAACGGUUCAGACGAGGACGCCGACCCGCAGCAGCUCCCCACCUCUCUCAGCCCAGACUCUGUCACUGUAGAGCUGAAGGAGGGAGACAAGGAGGGAGACAAGGAGGACAAGAAGGGGGACGAGAUGGACACUCAAGGGGAGGCCAAAAGAGGGGAGGAAGAAGAAGACAGCCAAGAUGGAGCGUCAGGCAAUAUGUUAGUAAACCCCCUGGAGCCUCUUAACGCUGACAAGCUGCAGGUUAAGAUUGCUGACCUUGGCAACGCCUGCUGGGUGAACAAACAUUUCACAGAUGACAUCCAGACGCGACAGUAUCGUUCUCUUGAGGUGCUGACAGGAGCCGGCUACAGUACACCAGCAGACCUCUGGAGCACAGCCUGCAUGGCCUUCGAGCUCGCCACUGGAGAUUAUCUGUUUGAACCCCACUCUGGAGAAGACUACUCCAGAGAUGAAGAUCACAUAGCGCUGAUCAUCGAGCUGCUCGGUAAAGUUCCUCGGAAGCUGAUCUUGGCAGGCAAAUACUCCAAGGAAUUUUUCACCAAGAAAGGCGAUCUGCGUCACAUCACCAAGCUGAAGCCGUGGGGUUUAUUUGACGUGUUGGUAGAAAAGUACGAGUGGUCCAAAGACGAGGCACACACCUUCAGCACCUUCCUGCUGCCCAUGCUGGACUUGGUGCCUGAGAGGAGGGCCACAGCGGCCCAGUGCCUCUCCCAUCCAUGGCUCUCAUCCUAGAGGCCAUCCGUGAACACCUCCACCCCCAUCUUGUGAAAGGAUAAAUUAGGUUUGAAGAUCCUGGACUUGAAAACAUACAAGUAAACAAACAUGUCUGCAUCGUGCCUGCAUCCUCCUGUCGUGGCUCUCGGAGGCUUCCCACACACUUUCAUGAAUACAGUAAAAACGGAGACUGCUGCUGAGUCUUGGCCCUGUUUUGGAUUACACUGGUGAUGGAAUGAACUUGUGGUCUUCUUCCUAUAUUUAUAGCUCUUUUUUUUCCUUUUUUUUUUCUGGCUGUAUAGGACCUUGCCCUCCUUUUUUCCUGACUCCAGCUCUUCUCUGCAGCACAUUAUUGUCUGUAUUUUUAGCUAUAGAUAAUGGACUCUGUGAGAUUUAAACGGCAGAAGAAGGCAGGAUGUUAUCAGAAAUAUUAGGAUUGCCAUCCAAACUACAUGCAGUUAUCAUUUAAGUCAUUAAUAAGCCAAAUCUGUCUUUGUUUGCCAGUCCUCUUGUUAGUCGUGCCUGCUUUUUAUGCCUUUGGCUGUCAUGUGUGCAAAGUGCUCAAUAAUAAGUGCGUAAUGCUAACGGCCCCAUUGAGAGAAUAGUAACGUGCUUAGCACUGAUUAGUUAGAUUUGUCCCUUAAAAGCUUUUGUACAUUUUUAUACAGGCAGAACAACAUGAUUGGAAAGCAUACAUUUCAAGGUCAGGAAAGAGACUCAUCAGAAAUCACACUAUUUUUCAGGUAAACCAAACUGUGUAAUCUCCAUUUUUUUCUGGUGUUACUACUAGUUUAAGUAUUACCAUAUGUAUUCUUAAAAAAACAAAAAACACUUAGAUACACAAAAUAAUGUGAAAGAUUCCAAUGUUUCAUACCUGGAUCACUUCAUUUUUGCUUUAUAUAACGUUUCCCACAUUAACAGUCAAAUCAAACGAUAUUUGGAUCCACGUCCAGUGUGCAGUGCACCAAAGAGUUGGCCUUUUUACGUCUCCCCCUCUGCUAUAUAUAUAUAUAUAUGGAAGGCACAAGGUUUGAGCAUUUAUUUUUACACUUUUUGGCAAUGCCUCGAGGAAUGUUCAGGUGAUAUCCAGUGAAACUAAAGCUGUGUCAAGUGAUUCCACUGCAGGUGGAGGUGUUGGAUUUGAAAAUAGAUUGUACUAAAAACAAAUGCUGUAAUAACGCUUUGGCUCUUCUCAAAACCAUUUUGCUUGUUUUUUUUCUACAAAGUCUCUUCUCCUUCUGUCCAUGUCUCUGCUCUUAAUUUGAUAGUUUUUUUUCUGUAGGUAAUAAAA